UCCUCCCGCCCGAGUCAGCCUCCCCCGGAGCCCGGCCCGCCGCCGCGGCCCGCGGAGGGAGCCGCCGUCGUCGUUGUCGCCGCCGCCGCCAGGCCGCGCCCCGCCCCUGUCGCCGCCGCCGCCGCUGCUCGCCGGUGAGGCUCGCGCUCGAGCUGCGGCGCCGGCCCCGCCGCCUGGGCCCCGGGCCCGGCCCCUUCCGCGCCGCCCGGGCGAUGAGAAGCUGCUUCUGCGUGAGACGGAGCCGGGACCCGCCGCCGCCGCAGCCGCCGCCGCCGCCGCCGCCCCAGCGGGGAACAGAGCAGUCCACCAUGCCUGAAGUCAAAGACCUUUCAGAAGCCUUGCCAGAGACGCCAAUGGAUCCCAUCACGGGAGUGGGGGUGGUGGCUUCUCGGAACCGAGCCCCGACAGGCUACGAUGUAGUUGCACAGACAGCAGAUGGUGUGGAUGCUGACCUCUGGAAAGACGGCUUAUUUAAAUCCAAGGUUACCAGAUAUCUGUGCUUCACAAGAUCAUUUUCCAAAGAAAAUAGCCAUUUAGGGAACGUGUUAGUGGACAUGAAGCUCAUUGAUGUCAAAGACACCCUGCCUGUCGGCUUCAUCCCGAUUCAGGAGACGGUGGACACACAGGAGGUGGCUUUUAGGAAGAAGAGGCUGUGCAUUAAAUUUAUCCCACGGGAUUCAACUGAGGCUGCCAUUUGCGACAUUCGAAUCAUGGGCCGGACCAAGCAGGCCCCCCCUCAGUACACGUUCAUCGGGGAACUGAACAGCAUGGGGAUCUGGUAUCGAAUGGGCAGAGUACCAAGAAAUCAUGACUCAUCUCAACCCACAACGCCUUCCCAGUCAUCCGCUGCUUCCACCCCAGCCCCCAACCUUCCCAGGCACAUCUCUCUCACGCUCCCUGCUACCUUCCGAGGCAGGAACAGCACUCGAGCUGACUACGAGUACCAGCACUCCAAUCUGUAUGCCAUAUCAGCAAUGGAUGGCGUGCCUUUUAUGAUCUCAGAGAAGUUCUCUUGUGUUCCACAAAGUAUGCAGCCCUUUGAUCUCUUGGGAAUCACCAUCAAAUCUCUGGCAGAAAUUGAAAAAGAGUACGAGUACAGCUUCCGCACGGAGCAGAGCGCCGCCGCCCGGCUCCCGCCCAGCCCCACCCGGUGCCAGCAGAUCCCCCAGUCCUGAGGGGCCGCCUGCAGGGAGAAGACGCGUCGCCCAGGCUGCUGAGCGACCCCCCCACCCAGACCCUCCCACCGCCCAUCCACACUGCCCUGCUCGGAGCUUCUGGGAGACUCUGGGCGGCUGAGCUGUCACCUCCUCGGUCAUCGGCUUGCCUGACACAACACCCCGCCUCCCUGGGGAUGCUGUUCAUAAUCUCGACUAUUUGUGUGUGCUGUAGUGACCAGCGGCUCCUGCUAUGUCUGUGUAAUGACCAGUUGUCCUACAAACAACCCCACCCACCAUGGGAGUCACCCCGAGGGCCCUGGACACUUGUUCUGGCCGCCCAGUGACGCCACCGGCUCCCUGCUCUUCUGACUGUCGCCACCACUAAGCCAUCGCUUCCUCCUGGGAGACCCUGAGGGGCUGGUGGCUUCGCAAAGGGCCCCCAGGGCUGAUGGAUUGCCCCUGACCCGUGGAACAAGUCAUUCACGCCAACAGCAUCAAGUGCCCAAGAAUUCACGGGGACCCUAAGGAAACACAGGAGGAGGAGGCCAGUGGGUCCCCAAGUGGACCUGGGCCUGGCUCCCUGCUGUGGACAUCCUCGGACUCGCCCCUCGAUUCACACACUGGACACCCCGAGGUCGGGGGCAGCCAUGCCCCGGCCACCAGCCCAGAGAGGACUUGCCUUCCGGGCGAGACAGCCGAAGGGGUGGGUGCUUGCUUGGACGUGAGCUUUGCUGCCAGGACGCUGUGCUCACCAACCUCACACCCUCAUCCCCACAAAGGGCUCAUCUCUGAUGCCCACGUGCCAACAACAGCUCCAACUGCCGGCCCGGUGCCCUGACCGUGACCAGGCCGUGGGUGAAGAGGCUCUGUGAGCCUGUGCCCAAGGAUGUGGACAUCCAGUCACCUAGCUUCUCAGAGCCAGGAUAUGUCCUGGUGGCCUCUGUUAAUGGGAACAGCGGUUUUUGAAAAGUCUGUCUCACCCAGGUCACCAAACUGGGGCCAGAACUGACAUUUCUGCCCAAGUGGCCAGUGGCCGUGCUGGCAUUCCCCAUGGUGCCGGCAGCCCAGCCCAGCGCCAUGCACAGGUACCGUGGGAACAGGGCUGCUGUCCUCCCUGGAGGCCCAGCUCACCCUGUGGCUGCCUUGUCUGGCCAUUGGAAUUUCUCCUAACUGCCCAGAACUCGGCAUCUCACAUCUUGGGGGCCACCAGAUGGUUGGCGCUUUGGACGUGAGGUUUGACAUGUGUCUGGUGGCUGACGUAGGAAGCCCCUGCCCAGCCAGGGCCAGCCCCUCCUCCCUGCAGUUCCUGGGAAGGCACGGGGUGGCUGGGGCACAGCAGGAACUGGCCAGCAGUUAGGAGGGGCAGCUCCUAGCUGAGAAGUAGGGUUGGGGCAAAACAUACCUCACACACCUGCAUCAGCCCCACCAUCUCCAGGCCUCCACUCUUCCCCCACGGCUGCCCCUUGAUCUUGAUUUCGAUACCUCCUGAUCUCUGUGCGUUAGAGCUUGUGAUCACCUCUCCCCACUGUCCCUGAGACCUGAGGGCAUCCUCGGUGGGGCCAGCCUUCCCAUGCCUCCUGUGCAGCACGGGUGGCAGGAAAAAGCAGUUCGUUGGUGGAACCCGCAAGGGUCCGGGAGGCACGGGACGGAAAGGCCCUGUGAGGACCCUUUGGGAUUGGUGCUUACCCAGGACAGAGCUGAUGAACUGGUCUCAGAUGUACCCACUGAAAUAAGCUGGUUGUUUCUGGGGAAUCAGGGGAGCCCCGUGGGGCCCAGAGAACCUGUGUCUGCUGCUGCUGUUUGGAUGGGUAGGGCUGGUCCAAAACCAACAGAGGGGGUGACGUCUCCGCUCACCUCUGUCCGGGUGUGUUGGCUCGUGGGCUCCGUCCCCUCCCGUCUCUCCUCACGCCCUGGCUGUGGGAUCAUCUCAGACAGGUAACACCUGCAGCCUUUCUCCCCUGACUGAGAACCAAGGCCUUCAGCAGCUCUGAUGGGCCCAGGGAGGCCCAGAGAUGGUCACGUGGGAUCCCUUGUCAAGGAGCAAGAGGGCAGUGAGAGCGGUUGUUGGGAAAGGAACCCCCCUGUCCCCGCCAGCCCCGCGUCACCCUGCGGUGCCGGGACGGGCAGAGCAAGGCAGGGCUGCAGGGCCACCAGGAAGGGGGCAAGCCUGUGUGGACUCGGGCGAGCCAGAGAGGCCUCCACAGGGUUCCAGACUCAGGUCUGACAGUGACUGUGAACUUCGCCGUGACAGCCACUUAAGGCAGUUAAGCAGCAACAGUGCCAAGGGGAAGUUGGCAUCUGUGGUAGAUUUUAGGCUGCUCCUGACCUCUGCAUCUUUCCUUCCGGGGGGGGGUGCCCGUGCGCCCCGCCCGCCCCGUGUGGAAGUGAAGCUCGCUCACCCCGGGACUGAGCCACCUCUGUUUCUUUCUGGGACGGUGCUUUGCUUCACAAACCCUCUGGCCACGUGGGGAGGGAAGGCAGGGGUUCUCUUGGAAACAUGAAGGGCAGGAGCCUCCAGCCUUCCCAGAAGGACUAACCAGAGCACAGCGUCCCCCGUGGCCUUCUCUUUCCCCCCGAAAAUUCCAAGUCUCUCUCCAAAGGCCUUGGAAACAGCACAACAGUGAUGAGGAGUAAGCGGUUGGCUCCAGGUUCACUUUCAAGUUUGUAACAAACUUUCCCACCCAAGUCCAGGAGCUGAGCCCGGCCACAGCCUCCACUCAGCGGGAUGAGCACCCGGGGGGCGGCGGAAACAGCAGGUUAGGCCCCGCGCCAGCUCCCCAGAGGGCCACCCCCUGCCCCUGCGUCCUUCAGAAGGUGGCAGGGGACGGGGAGGACCAACACGUUCAAAGCACCUACUCCUUGCCAGGCGCUAGGCCGGCACUUGAAGCACAGUAUCUCCUGUCACGUUCCCCUCUACCCCCCAAAAAACAAGUACCCAGAAAUGGAUGCUAUUUGCUCCUGAUUCCAGAUGAAGAAGCUGAGACGUGUCCGCAGGCACGAAGCUGGUAAGUGGCAGAGGCGGGACCUGGCCCCAGGGCCCCCGGUGCCCGCUGUCCCGUCAGGAGCACCUGCCUCCUGUCCAGUGAUGGGUUCCCAGCCGCCACUGGACAGUGUCUCGCUGAGCACAGGGCGAGAGCUGGGUGCCGUCCCAGGGCUGUGGGCUGCCCGUCGCUGUGCACAGGGGUCCCAGCCCGUAGCGUCCCUGAGCACUGGUGAGCCCAAGGGGGAGGGCACAGAGAGGACUCGAUGGCAGCCCCGGGCCUGCCGGGUGGCUUGCCUCCCCCUGGGCCUGGAGGGGCCGAGCACCUGUGCUCACCACCCUCGGGGCGGCCGGCUCUCUCCACCUGUUGUGACCCUGCUGGCUGGCCUGUCACCACCAGGAGGCGGGCCUGGGCAGGCGGCUGUGUGCUAGCUUAGGAAUGACAUCCUGAUGCGUGUAUUUAUUUGAGGUGACUCUAGUACUUGGCAAAGGGAAGUUUCACUGUGUGAUUGUCUUCUUAAUAUAAUUUGUUAAAUAAAUGUCUGUUGU